ACGGUCCCGUCUCUCUAACCUACAUUAUUCCCGACCAAUCACCUUUUAAUAAUUGUACGAAUCCAAAAUAAAGUCUCAAAACUAACAAAAUCCCCGGCGACAAAGAGAAGAAAGAGAGAGCAGAAAAAUGGCUUCGGUCCUUCCGCCGGAGAUGGACAACGACUCAAUGGCGUCAUCGCCGAGAUCGGAGUACGAUAACCAGCCACGUGUACGGUUCAUGUGCACUUUUGGAGGAAGGAUCUUGCCUCGUCCGCCGGAUAACCAGCUCUGUUACGUCGGGGGUGACAAUCGUAUGGUUGCCGUUCAUCGUCACACUACUUUCACCUCUCUUCUCACUAAACUUGCUAAACUCUCCGGUAAAGGCAACGUGAGCGUGAAGUACCAGCUACCAAACGAGGAUCUUGACGCGUUGAUCUCCGUAUCAACGGACGAGGAUGUAGAGAACAUGAUGGAAGAAUACGACCGCGUCGCACUGAAUCAAAACCCACGCUCCUCUCGUCUCCGUCUCUUCCUCUUCGCCAAAACCAUCGCCGGAGAAGAAGAUGAUAACGAUAGUCGAGCAAGUAGCAUCAGCUCUCUCCUCGAUAGCUCCGUCAAUCGAGAGCAAUGGUUCCUCGACGCUCUCAAUCACGGCUCCUCCGCCGCAUCUAACGGUGGUUCCGCCAAAGGUUUCGAGCGCGUCAGGUCUGAAGUAUCCUCGAUCGUCUCCGAAGUUCCUGAUUACCUCUUCGGGUUGGAUCAUUUCGACGAGACUGCUCCGCCGCACGAUCGUGAUCCGAGAGCUAAAAUCCGACGAGAAGUCUCGACGCUUUCGGAUCCUGGUUCGCCUCGUCGUGAUGUUCCUUCGCCGUAUGGUUCUACCUCUUCGGCUCCUGUGAUCACGUCAUCUACUCCGGAACUUCCACCGGUUAAAAUUAACCCGGAAAGUCCAGAACCGGUUUUGACUCCAAAAGCCGAUCCUCAACCGGAGCAAGUAAUUCAACAGAGUAAUCUUCCGGUCAACUCGCAAUGGCAAUACGCCGCCCCUGGCCCACAGUUUCAUUACCAGUCACCGGUUUAUAUGGUUCAACCGGGCAAUCAUAUGGUUCAGGGUAAUCAUAUGGUUCAACCGGUUCUAAUGCAGGGUCAGUAUCUUCCACAAUACCAGCAUGUACCGAUGGGAUACCAUCACCAACCUCAGCCUCAUCAGAUUCCUGGUCCUGGUCUGGGUCAAGCAUAUGGUGAAACGGGUAGGCCGGUUAUGAUGGCAACUGAUGGAGUUAACCGGACGGCUUAUUAUGGUAUGAAAACACCCGAUCCGGUUCAGAUGUACUAUCAACACCCAGGUAUGGUUGUUCCUGGUGUAGAAGAACAAUACAGAACCAAAACAGAUACGGGUCCGGGUCAAGCUUCUUAGCUGGUUUAAGAGAAAUGUGAAAGUCAUCUUCGUCGUUGGAGGCGUGUCUCUGCGUGAACUGUGUAAUACAUUUUUCUACUUUAUUUAAAUCUUUUUGUCUAA